CAUCCCGGCUGGCCCCGGUGCCCCCCCCGGUGCAUCCUGGCUGUCCCCGCUGCAUGUCCCCGCUGUCCCCGGGCUGUUGUCCCCAGAACAUCCCAUGUGCCCCCAGCGCAUCCCGCCUUGUCCCCGGGCCGUCCCUGCUGUCCCCGGUGUGUCCCCACCGUCCCCUGGUACAUCCAGGCUCUCUCCCUGGCUCUCCCUACUGUGUCCUGGUGUGUCCCCAGUGUCCCCAGUGCAUCCUGGCUGUCCCUGCUGUGUCCCCCACUGUCCUCCAUCCCACCCGCCGGUCCCCGCUGUCCCUCGAACAUCCCAGCUGUCCCCUGUGUGUCUUUGCUCUCCCCACUGCAUCCUGACUGUCCCCAGUGUCCCCACUGCAUCCUGGCUGUCCCUGGCAUGUCCCCAGUGUCCCCACUGCAUCCUGGCUGUCCCUGGUACGUGUCCCUGGUGAGUCCCAGCUGUCCUCGAUGUGUCCCUGCUACCCCAAGGCUGUUUCUCCAGCACAUCCCCGGUGUAGCCCAGGUGUCCCCAGGGUGUCCUUGCUGUCCCCAGUGCAUCUGGGCUGUCCCUGGGCUUGUCCCCGCUGUCCCCAGUGCGUCCUGGCUGCCCCAGGAACAGCCAGCCCCUGCAGCGCAGCAGAGUUGGGGACACUCAGGGCUGUCACCCCAUGUCCCCAGGCUUGGGGUAGGACCCCGGCGUGGGGCAGGCCAAGGCCAGCCCAUCGCGGCCAUGCUGUGGGACCGUGGCCUGGGUGCAGGGGACCGUUCCCUGCCGCGCUGGCAUGUCCACAGCCGCGCGGUUUGGGCACGUGCCGUGUCCCCACGCUGCCUGGGGCAGCGGGUGCGAGUGGCUGGGAGGACCAGGGAGGGGGCCAUGGGCUCUGGGUGCCCCUGGCUCUGCUGGAGCUGUGUCCCCCUCCCCACAGGGACCCUCAUGCCGCCCCUGCGGGGCCCCAUGCUGGGGGAGGGGAUGGCCACGCCGUCCAUCUGUCGGGGCCCCCCCCGGCUGUCCCCCGCCGGCAGGACCUGGGGGGGGGGGAGCUGUGGGCUUCUCUUCCCCUCCAGACAGAGCCUCACUUCCCCCCGUGACGCAGCCGGAGCCGCCGGCCCCGGGGCCGUUUCCUGCGCCGGGGGCAGCACGAGGGGGGCCCACGCACCCACGGGUACCACGGGCCACCCCGGGGACCUGCCUGGGUUUGCUGCCGGCCCCGUGGGCUGCGGGGGGGACAGGGACAACACGGUGACACUACGGAGGGACGGGGCUGGGGACAUCCCGAGCGAGCCAGCGAUGUCGGAGAGCGUGGCCGAGGUGCCGGGAGACGGGAGCCCCACGGUGCUCGGCGAGACGGACACCAGCCAUGAGCUGCUGCAGCGGCUGCGGGAGCUGGAGGCGGAGAACUCGGCCCUGGCCCAGGCCAACGAGAACCAGCGGGAGACGUACGAGCGCUGCCUGGACGAGGUAGCCAACCAUGUGGUGCAGGCGCUGCUCAACCAGAAGGACCUGCGCGAGGAGUGCAUCAAGCUGAAGAAACGGGUCUUCGACCUGGAGCGCCAGAACCAGGCGCUGAGCGACCUCUUCCAGCAGAAGCUGCAGCUCUCGGCUGGAUCCUUGCCCCAGCUGCCGCUGCACCCAGUGCCGGUGCCCCUGGAUGCCCCAGCCAGCCCCCAGCCAGGCAUUGCAGAGCAGCCGCCCCCCCCACUGCCCCCCAGCCGCUGCAUCCCCCUGCCAGAGGUGACCCCGUCGGUGCCGUCGGGUAGCCCCGGGCUCAGCCCCGGCGCUGCCCCCCUGGAUGCCCUCUCCCCCUUCUUCAAGAAGAAAGCCCAAAUCCUGGAGGUGCUGCGCAAGCUGGAGGAGACGGACCCGCUGCUGGGGCCCCCCCUGGCCUCCCCCGGCUCCCCGGAGCCCUGCGCCGCCCCGGGCUGGCCCCCCUGCCCGCUGCGGGGGGCGAGGGCCGCCGGGGGGUGGCGGGGGGCUGAGGGCAGCCCCUGCUCCUCGCCCGAGGAGGCUGCACCGCCGCGGGGGGCCCUGCUCAGCGCCUUGGCCGAGCGGCUGCUGCGGGGCGAGGGGGGCUGCUGCCGGCGCAACGGCGAAGCCCCCGGGGGCCCCCCCCGGCAGCGGUGUGGUGAGCACCCCGCUUUCCUGGGGCUCUACGCCCCAGGCGAGGAGAGCCCCGAGGGGGGCUUCGCCCUGCUCUCGCCUGGGGGGGGCCCCAACCCUCUGCCCCCCCCCCCCAAGGUGCUCAAGUUCCUCCCCCCCCCCCCCGGGGCGCUGCGCCUCAGCCCCCAGCUCGCCCGUGCCUCCAAGAUCCCCUGCCGCGGCGGCAACCCCGAGGCCUCACCGGCAUUCAGCCGCCGUGCCUCCCCCGACGCCCCCCCAGAGCCCGGCUCCCCCGAGCCCCCCGCCUUCCCCCCACCCCGUGCCUAUGAGGCAGCUGAGCAGCCCCCUGGGCCACCAGGACCCCCCGCCAGCGGGGAACGGGUGGCUGCCUCCCCCCCCAGCACCCGCCGUGGCACGGGGGGCUCGGCCCCCUCCCGCCGCCCCGGCAAGAAGCCCCCGGAGCCGGGCUACUUGCCCUUCAAGGAGCGUUUGGCCGCCCUGGGCAAGCUGCGGGGGGCUGAGGGCCGCGAGCCCCCUGGCCCAGGGCGGCCUGAGCGGGGGGGCCAUGGGGCUGAGCCGCGACCCCCUCCCCGGGGGAGUUUGGGGGGCAGCCUGAAGCACCCCGAGCCGGCGCAUGGCGGGGAGCCCCUGGCCCGGUGCUACUCCUCCGGCUCCAUGGGUGAGCCCGGCAAGGCAGGGGGCAAGGGGCGACCCGCCGGUGGCAGGACCCCACCGCGGGCCCCCCCGGCACCCCCCGCCAAAGCUGCCCGCAGCCCCCACGGCAGCCCCACCAAGCUGCCCACCAAGGCGGGCGCCGGCAAAGCCGGGACGCCACGGGGCGAGGAGCCGGCGGGGGCCAAGGCGGCAGGGGUCCCCCACAAAACGCCACCGGCCCCCGAGCCCCCCGGCACGGGGCCGCCGCCGGGUGCCGCCGGGCACUCGGCCAUCGAGGAGAAGGUGAUGAAGGGCAUCGAGGAGAACGUGCUGCGGCUGCAGGGGCAGGAGCGGGCACCGGCGGGAGAAGCCAAGGGGAAGGCUGCCGGCGGUUUGGCCAGCUGGUUUGGGUUGCGCCGUAGCAAGUUGCCGGCUCUGAGCCGUCGCGGCGAUGGCAGCCGUGGCCGGGAGUGGGCCGGGACGCCGGCUCCCCUACGCCGGGAAGUCAAGUUGGCCGCCCGCAAGCUGGAAGCCGAAAGCCUCAACAUCUCGAAGCUGAUGGAGAAGGCGGAGGAUCUGCGCAAGGCGCUGCGGGAGGAGCACGCCUUCUUGCAGGGGCUGGCGCUGGAGAAGGGGCGACCGCGCGGCCCCCCCCGAGGUCCCGGCCAUCUCCCGGUGAUGUACCAGGAGGUGACGGCCGAAACCUUCAUGCAGCAGCUGCUCGACAGGGUGGACGGGAAGGACGUGCCCUACGAGAGCCGCCUGGAGCGCAAGCGGGAGCUCUGUGACCUCCGCCGGGUCCCCCCCGACACCAAAGACCCCCGGCUCUGCCGCCUGCCCCGCAAUGGCAUCGUGGGACAUCUGCAAGAGCCCCCUGACAAGGUGCCGGACGUGGAACUCCGGGAUGAAUUGCCAUCGGAUGAGAGUUUGUCCGAGUCGGGGACGUCGCAGCACUUUGCCACCUGCGGGUCGCUGACGCGGACACUGGACAGCGGGAUUGGGACCUUCCCGCCCCCUGACUACGGGGGGGUCCCCGCCAAGAGCACCCCCAAACCACGAGGCCGCCCCGAGCCGCUGCCCGGCGCUGUGCCGGCGCGGCCGCCCGCCAUCACCAAAGUGCCGCGCAAGGCCCGUACGCUGGAGCGGGAAGUGCCCAGCGCGGAGGAGCCGCUGGUGGCCGGCAAACACCGGAGCGCCCCGGCGUGCCGCCCCCCAGCACCCCCCGGCCCGCAAGGCCACCGCGCCGGUCCCCAAGAUGCUGGUGACGAUGCCGGGAAGCCGCGGCGCGUCCAGCAGAGCAAGAACUGGACCUUCCCCAACGCCAAAGCCUGCGGCACCGCCGACCCCUUCCUCUGCCCCCCUGGGGGGCUGGAGGGGCUGCACCGUCCCGCACUGGCCCCCGUCUGCAGCCCAGCAGGGUGUCGAGGGGCGUCCCCGGAGGCCCCCCCACCGCUGCCCCCAGCCCUGAGCGCCAGCAGCAGCCGGACGCCCAGUGCCUCGGACGUGGGGGACGAGGGCAGCACGGAGGCCCAGUCACGGGAUGGGGGGCACGGCCCCCCGGGGCUGGAGCACUCCGAGUCGCUCAGUGACUCGCUGUAUGACAGCCUCUCCUCCUGCGGCAGCCAGGGUUGAGCCCCCCCCCUCCACCGGCCGCACUCGCACGUCUUCCGCCCCCCUUGCCCCCCGUUCCCAGUCUGGGGUGCUGUCUAGGGUGUGGGGGGUCCCCACUGUCCUGUUCCUCCCCCCCCCCCCCCCCCCAUGCCCGGCUCUCUCCGAUGGUGCUAUCGCAGUGUACAGCCCCCACCUCCGGGUUUUUAACUCAAUAAAGCCGCCCUCCCCCGGU